UCUGUGUGCAGUGUGUCCCUGUCGACGACUUUCUCUGAGUGGGAGCAGUCACUUAAACCAGGAAGAUUUCUUCACGCCGAGUGGAAAGCACACUUCACCAGUCUGCCAUCCACAUUUUACAGCAGUCGAGUUUAACUUUUGACUAAAAAAGGAGUUCCAGCUCAGUCAAAUCGACGCCAUGGAUCCCGCCAGCCAAGAUAUCAACCUGAACUCUCCUAACAAGGGCCUCGUUGUGGAUCAGUCAGACAGCCUGUCUGACGUGCCAGUGGAGGGAGCGGUGGGGAACUCAGCCAACCCUCUUCCGCCCGGCCUGACAGAGGAAGAGGCUGAGGAGCUCCGCAUAGAGCUCACCAAGGUGGAGGAGGAGAUCAACACUCUGCGUCAGGUUUUGUCAGCCAAAGAGAGACACGCCACAGAGCUGAAGAGGAAACUUGGGCUCAGCCCGCUCAACGAACUCAGGCAGAACCUCACCAAGAGCUGGCAAGAUGUACAGACCUCCAACGCAUAUCUGUCUGCCUCAGCCACUUUGGAUGACAUUACCCACUCUGAAGCAUACAAGAAGACUCAGGAGACUCUUUCCCAGGCGGGACAGAAAACCAGUGCAGCUCUCACCACAGUGGGCACUGCCAUCACCAGGAGACUUGGCGACAUGAGAGCUCUACCUUUCUCUAAUUCCUUUAGUAGCAACUAUUCCAUUCGCCACUCGAUAAGUAUGCCCGCCAUGAGGAACUCUGCAACCUUCAAGUCAUUUGAGGAUAAAAUGGGGAACCUGAAGUAUAAGGUUGUCGGCCCCAGAGGGAACGGGGAUGUCGUCAGCUCCCCCACUGACACCACCCCCACUCAGGAGAACCCGCCUUUCUGAACGCGCACCACCUCCUUCUCUUCCUCCUCCUCGCUGCCACCUUCCUCACGACCUGAGACUGUACUGUUAUCACCUCACAUCGCAGAGUCAGCCCUGACCUUUGACCCUCCACCUCACCGACUCACCACCGCUCACUUGCCCAAAGGUCUGUAACGCCGACUGGCGGAGGUGACGGACUCGUGGGUUUGUGGUGGGACGAGCUUUCCCUGCCAGUCCCAUUGCCGGUGGUCCUGCGGCCUCCAUCCCCCUGCCUCGCUGUUGAAGAAAAUGUUUUUUGUUGAUGUCUAAAUCUGAAUAAUUUACAGACUGUGCUUUUUGUUCUGUCACCACUGCCUGCCUCCACUUCCUCCCUGGUUAGAUCCUCACCCCUGUGUUAGUCCAAAUAAGUCGACACUCAAAGCUCCUGCACUCGUCAGAUGCCUUUUUUUUAAACAGGUUGUUGCUGUUUGAUAAAGAAAAGGCUGAAGAGAGGCAUUGUAAGAUGUCAGGUUCUUAAACUCCAUCUUUCAUUUUAGGCUGAUAAAUGAGGCCGGAUUACAGAGGGGGCAAAGUGGGACCUUAAGGGGCCCAAAAGCACCGGGUUCACUGUUGAUUUGGGAUCAUUUGACCAAGUGCAAACUGAAAUUGAAUGUACAUCACACUUUGAGUCAGUGGUGGGCCCUAGCUCAUUUUUGCCCCCAGCGGGUUAAUCGGCCCAUGUUGAUACAUCAGGAAUUUACCCUGCAGCUGUAUUUAUUGCUCCCAACUUCAGAGUUUAAGAACCAGAAUAUCUGCAGACUGAGGUAGGAGGAGGAUUUUAUGGGCAUAAGCAAGAUAGUUUAUAUGCUACUUAAACCUACUCUUUCUGUCUACUUUGUUUCUGACUACUAUCAUGUGCUAAAACAAUGCAUUCACACUGUGAGCACCUGCUAGUGUCACCACAGUACCCCCACCUGUCUGUCCAACCUGUACCCGGUUUGCUUCACAGUUCUGCAGUUACCAGUGGUGUGAAUGCAGGCUGUACUCACAGUUUAGAGGUUAGUUUUGGGGGGAGGGUGGGGUAGGUGGGUAAGAUUCAGCAACCCUCUUAGGGUUAGACCUACUACUGCUACAUGCAUGUGCAUAUCUCAUCUCAGUUGUACCAUACCAACCAUGCAAAGACGACCGAGGUCUUGUGCAUCACCCUAUAUACACCCCAGGAUGUAAAAACAGAAAAAAAAAAAACCUUAAACCAUUUUGUAUUAUAAACUAUUUUACACUGCUUUGCAUAAUGUUUUUACAUAACUUUUAUCAAUAUGUAUAAAUAUAUAUGAAUAAUUAUAUUGUCAGCGACGCUGCCGAAUGGUAGUAAUCAGGUUGGGAGGUUUGAAAAAAGCAGGGGGAGGCGAAACAAACAAACUUUAAAUAUGUGGAAAACAAAGAGACACUAUGGGUCAGUUUCACAGACAGGAGCUACUGUCGGUCUGGAGUUUCUUCUGUUUAAAGUACAUUUGUGGUCUAAAAACAUGUUUCCAUGUUUGUGAAACUGACUCAUCAAUGCGCUGCAGUUGUUUUGUACCCGUCUGGGCACAGGACUAACCAGACCAGGGCGAGAAGGAACAUAAUUUAACAAACUGGAGGUGCGUUUGAUCUCAGAUGCAGCAUGUUAACGUCAGCAUUUGCAAGUCAAACUAAAACCAAGCGCGUCUUGAGGGUUGAACAUGUUUUCUUUUUUACCCUGGUUAGACUGCAGUUCCCUUCCUUUUGUUGACACACAGAACCCAUUGAGACGAUGCUUUGCUUUGUACACUACCUGGUGAAUGUCAAUGCUUCUCUAUUGGCCUUACUCAGUUUAAAUGGUUCACCUGUUGUUAUAAUUUAGCUGGUAGGAAAGAGUUUUUUGUUAUGUUCCUCUCUUUUUUUUUUCUUUAAAAAAAAAAAAAAAAAAAAAAA